AUGGGCCCUCGGUCGACUAGACGUGGACAGGUUCAGGGCUGCUGUCCUUGUGGUCACUUGGCACAUAGAGCCAAGGCAAAAGAGGACUACCUUGCCGCCAGGGUAGUCCUCAAGAAAGCCAUCAAAAAGGCCAAACGGGAAGCCUGGGAGCAAUUGGUGAGCUCCCUGGAUGACGAUCCGUGGAAGCGCCCAUACAAAAGGACGAUGGUGAAGAUUCGUCCUUGGGCGCUCUCGCAAACGGAGACGUUGGACCCCCAUGCCCUCGAUGGGCUCCUGGACACUCUCUUUCCGAGGGCGGAAGGGGGCCCUCCCGUGAUCCCUUCCCCAGAGAUGGGGGAGGGAGACUGGGACGAGGAUCUGGAGGUCACUCCAGAGGAGCUCGCCAAGGCCCGGAGAAAGCUCGGUGGCAAGGGCAAAACCCCUGGCCCCGAUGCGAUUCCGGACCGCGCCUGGGCUCUCGCGUUGGCCGAAGGGGACCUGUCCACAGCCACAUGCAGGAUCAUGAUAGGAUGCCUCAGGGGGGAGGGCAAGGAGUCCGGUAGUGCGUCAGCCUACAGGUCGGUCUGCCUGCUGGACGAGGCGGGCAAGAUGCUGCAGCCCAUCAUCUCUGACCGUCUCGUCCAGCACAUGUCCUCGAGUGGGCUGGACCUCCACGACCGCCAAUACGGGUUGAGGCCCGGACGAUCCAUGCUGGAUGCCAUCCAGUGGGUCCGGGACCUGACCCUGGCGGUCGUGGAGAUAAGGGGCGGGGUGAUGUCCGCCUAG